AUGGAGCCCAUGGAUUCUGAGGCCGCAACGGCGGCGGUGGCACCCCAAGCUCAAGGCGCCGCUGCGGCGAAGCCGCCUCCUCCCCCAAUCCCAGCCGAAGCCGAAGCGCCGGCCACCACCGACGCCACCGCUUCUCCACCUGCUGGCGCAGCAGCGGCGGCCAAGCCCGACGCAAGCGCCGAAGGAGCCGCUGCCGAAGGAGCCGCCGCCAAAGGGUCAGCUGGACUCAGCCCCAGUCCGAGCCCCGCGUCGGCGCCCGCCGCCGCCGCCGCGCCAGCGGCGGCGGCUGUAGCUGGUCCGCUGCCGGCUGCUGCUGCAGCCGGCGGUAGGAGCCGUCGCGGCAGUUCAUCGGUUGAGGAUGAUAAGGAGUUGCCGCUGUCCCUACAGCGAAAGCAGCGGCAGCGCCGACCGCCCGCGGGGUGGGACAGGGGCAACGAGCUACUGGCGCCCGCGAAGAAAGCCAAGACUGACCAAAGCGGCGGCGGGGGAUCGGAGGCCUCCCCACCGCCGCCGCAGCCGCCUGGCAUCGGCGCCGCCGUCAACGGCAGCGCCGGCGCCGCCGUCAACGGCGGAUCCACCGCCGCUGGCGGAGGCGGCCUGACGCCGCUGUCCAACGGCGGCAUUCCGUACGGCACUCUGUUUUUCCGGGCUCAGGGUCGCGGCCCCAAUCUUCUAGUUGCCUUUGACGGCUCAUUUGCUCGUCCACUGUUGUACCGCGAAAACGCCAGCGGCGCGGAGCCCACAUUGCUGACGGAGCAGGAGGCGGCGGCGGAGGGACCGCCCGAGAACCUGAAGUGCCUAGGUUUUGCUCGACAAGACGGUUCCGGAGCAGCGGCGGGCAUGCGGCUGGCGUCACUGGCAGAAGUGAUGGCGCAUUUCCGUACAGUGCUAGACCCGUCGUCGCCUGCGUACGGCAAGCCGGCGGCGGCAACUGUGUACGUCAUCAUCACCUGCGACAAGUCGCGGGGCUGGAUGUCGUACGAGAUUGACAGCAACGGUAAUGUCUGUCCCAAAGUAAUGUACGAAGGCGAGGGCGGAGCUCUCUUGUCGACGACCCCUGCACAGUUUGAGGCGUCCGUGGCACAGAGCAGUGCAAAGAAGUGGCGACAUAGCUUUAAAGCAGCAGGCGGCUUCCUCAAAAUGGGCCCCCGCCAAGGCGGCAUCAUGCCGCCCGCUACGGUGCUCGACGUGCUCAACUGCGUCAAGGACCUCCUGGGGGUCAGCCCCGCCAUCGCACUGCCCUCAGACAAGCCGCUCACGCAACAGCAGCGGCGAGCCGCGGCCGCGGCGGCGGCGGCAGCAGGCGGCGGCAGCCGCAGCGGCACCCCCGGCGCUAACGGCGCCAACGGCGGACCCCAAAGUGUUAAGCAGGAGAGCCGUCGGGAACGGGAGAGGGAGCGGGCAGAGAAAGAGCAGCAGGCAGCGGACGGGACGGGACACGGACAGGGGGCGGCGACGGCGGCGGCGGCGGCGGCAAGUCCGCAAGACCACAAUAGACAGGCAGCGCUGACGCUGAUUCAUGCGUUGGGUCUGGGGACAAUGGCGCGGCCGGCGGAGGUGGUAGCCGCCGCUGGGCUUGGGGACGCCGCCGGCAAGCUGCAAGCCAAUGGCGGCGGUACAAUAGGGGCAGGUCGUACGGGGUCCUUGACAAUACGGCUUCCAAGGGCAGCGGCGGCGGCGGCAGCCACCCGCGGCGGCAGCACGGCGAACGGCACUCGCGGUGGCGGCGCGCUGGCGGCGUUACCAGUGGGUUCCCAACCCGCCGCCGCUGCUGGCGGCGUGGGGCCCGCAGCACCUGCAACGGCCGUGUCCCCCGCCGGCAACGGCAACGGCACCAUCUCGGAUGCGCAGCUUCAGAGCGCCGCAGCGCUUGCGUCAACUCUCGUACAUCACCUAGCGCUGCCGCUAGCCCCGGACGUCAGCGCUCUGGGCCUUACGGGGCCAGGGUUGACGGCGGCGGAGGCACAGGCCAUCCAACUUGUGUGUACGAGCGUCAAAGGCCCGGAGUUAGCAAUCGCCGUCAGGGGUAUCAUGGACUCGUUGGGAGGCAGGCCGACGGCACCGACGGCGAUAGCGACGCCGGCGGCGGCGGCGCUGGCGCUCAUGGCGCUGCCGCCCGGGGCUUUGGCGGCACCGUUGCCUAGCACCGCCGUCACUGCUGCUGUCCCACACAGUACGACAGGUUCCGCUGCGCCGGCGUUGGCUAUCCAUGCAGCGGCGGUACCGGCGGGCAUCACUCUGGCAGUAGAGCCGACGGCGGCGGCGGCGGCCGCCGCCGCGGCGGACAUGGGCUUGCUGCCGGCGGACGGCACGGCCACGCCGACGGCAACACAGCAAGUAGAGACAUCGUCAACGCCAGCGGGUUAUGUCACAAAGGAGCGUGCACCGAUGGCGGCGGCGGCGGCCCCUGGGAACACGCAAGAGCCGACGGCAGUGGCGCGGGAGGCUGUUGCCCCUGGCGCUGCCGAUGACGCCGCAGCGGAAGGGCCAACGUCGGGGCCUCCCGCCGGCGUCGACGUCGACGUCGACAUGGACGAUGGAAAGCCUGCAACGUCACCACUCGACGGCGACGGCAUCGUUGCCAUGCAGACGGCAUAA